AUGAAUGAUGGUGCUUUUCGUGCUCCAAGUAUCCGGAAGCUGAACGAAGAACAAGACAUGGAUGCGGUCAUUUGCAACAUCGGCGAUCUUCCAGAGGCGAUUCUCGAACACAUCUUAUCUAUUGUUCCGAUGGAGGAUGCUGUCAGAACGUGCGUGCUGUCGAAAAAGUGGCUCUCUGGACCUCUCAUCCUAAUCUUGUACUAUGCGAGUGGCGCUUUUCCAGGAGGGAGCAUUUUACCAACUUCACGGAAAGAGUACUUCUCCGAGGCUCCUCUCGCACAAAACGAGUGGAAUGUCGAAGAGUGCUCUGUCUCCCUUUCAGAAAUCCCAGGAAAUUCCGUCUUGCCUCAAUGCUUGUUCACUUGCGCAACACUGACUCGCUUGAAGUUAUUCAUCUCGGGGGCAUUGAAACUACCUUCUCGAAUUUGGCUUCCGAAUCUUAAACUCUUGGAUCUCAUGGAAAUCACGUUUGUGGACGAGCGCUCGACCGAGCAGCUGUUAUCCAGCCCAAUGCUUGAGGAGUUGACCAUCACCAACUGUAAUUGGGAUAAUCUCGAGAUAGUGACUAUUCGCGCUCCAAUGCUGAAGAUCUUGACAAUAAUCGACGAGGAUUUCGAUUAUUCGUCACUUCACCCACAUAGCUGUCGAGUUUUGAUAUAUUCUUGA